AAGUGGGGCCCGACUAAUAACAACCAGGGACACGCGGCACUGUGCAGUAACAUUUCAUCUAUUUGACGCGCCCGGUUGUGCCAGUUCCGCAUCUUUCGCUGAUUCUAAACGUUCCAAAAUACGUCAAGGCAAAUUUCGCCGAGGGAUAUUUGCUAAAAUCACCUCGCCCACAGCUAUUUUCACAGUCAAUUACCUGUUCACUGUGCGUGAAAAAAUUCUACACCGAUCGAUAUGAAUGAUCGAUUCCUCUGAGCGAAUGAUUCACCAAUUUUCGUGGAAUCGAAAUUUCACAUCUUGACGGGAAUAAUGAGGUCAAUAUUGCUAGUGACACUUUACUUGAUACUUCCGGCUAGUCAUUGUAAUGACAAUCACGACAAUGGAGUCCAUAUCGGUGUAUUCAGCCAACGACUCGAGGAUUGGAUUGUAUCGAUGGAUGAGAGGGGCAGUGAUCGGGAAUCUCGUGAUAUGAAGUUUGGGAAUAGAUCCAUAGUGAUGCAUAAAAUUGUCACGAAUAAGCGUGAAGUAUCGGAAACGGAUUUAUAUUUACUGGGUGCGAUUGAAAAAUUAUUAUACAAAGUCGAGGGUCUUGAGAAACGAUUACGAAGAGCUGAAGAAUUAUUGUACUACGUGAUCUCCGGGAACAGCAGCCGAGAGGAACCAUGUCCAACGAAUUACACGAGAAUCUCCAAGGGCUGUUACCACAUCAGCCCCCGAGAGUACGACUGGAAGUCGUCGGCGAGUCUCUGUCGAUCGUUGGGGGGAAAUCUAGUGGAGCUGGAGACGCCCGAGGAGCACAAAACGUUGAAGAAUUAUCUGCAGACGACGAAGGGAGUCCGAGGGUACGACUUUUGGACGGGGGGAUUGAAUCCUGGACUGCUGUGGAUUUGGGCGAGCAGCGCGAAGGCCGUGUUCGAGAACCAAGUGGAGACCGUCGACGGCUAUGGCCGAUGUCUGAAGAUCCGGAAUUCUAUACCGAAAAAUUAUUCCUUCUACGGAGAGGAAUGCAACAAGAAACUCCGCUACAUCUGCAAACCCGCGAAGGACGAGUCGAUCAAUCAAAUCGAGAAAAUCGAACGGGGACUGGAGAUGAAGAGAAAGGCUCUCCAAUGGGUAUAAUCUAUAUCACACCAAACCUGAAGUCGUCUAUUUAUUUCAUAGAUUGUUAUUAAUUAACGAAAGUAGGAAUAAAUCUCAUUAACAUUCA